AUGGUGAUGUUUCCUUUCAUGGCACAAGGUCAUAUCAUCCCUUUCUUAGCUUUAGCCAUUGAGAUAGAACAGAAAAGAGGUUGCACUAUAACUUUUGUCAACACUCCUCUAAACAUCAAGAGAAUCAAAACAUGUCUUUCUCCAAACUCUUCCAUCCACCUUCUUGAAAUCCCGUUUCAAAGUUCUGACCAUGGCUUGCCACCUGAUUGUGAAAACACUAAUGAUCUUCCCUAUCACCUAAUACUUAAGCUUGUCGAAGCCUCGAGGUUCCAAAGGCUUCGACAAUUCACCUUAUGCAGAUGUCCGAGAACCUUGAAGCCAGUUCUUCUACCUCCAGGAAUCGGAAGUCGAGCUGGAAAUGAAGCUGCAAUCACCACAGCAAAGAGUUCAAAGCCAAAAAAUGGCUGCCUGAAGGAUUUGAAGAUUGAAUCAAGGGCUAUUAGUGCAUCAAUGGGCACCCCAGAUGGAGAUUUUCUCUUGGAAGAGGAGAUCGGAGUCUGUGUAGAGGUGGCUGGAGGGAGGACUAGUGAGGUUAAGAAUGAAGAUAUGGUAGCAAAAAUUAAUCUAGUGAUGAACGAGACAGAGAACGGAAAAGAAAUGAGAAAGAAAGCUUGUGAGAUCAGGUAG